AUGGUAACCAGCGCAUCCAUUAAAAUGCUGCCAUAUCAGGAACGUGUUAAAUUGCGGGUACACUUGGGAUCGCAUACAGAAUGCCCAUAUUUGCUCGCAAGCUAUGGUAUUACCAGAGGCUCGCUUCCUCUGAAGGGAAAGGAAACCACUGCAACGCACCAACGGAACACAUCCUGCCAUGACACCGCAUCUGGACCAAAUAGUGCAAAUGGAAACGAUGUCUUGUGCUUGGCAAAAAGAGUCAAAGGUGUAGGAAAUGAACGGCUGCAUUCCUUGGCGCUAAUCUAUCUCUCAGCGUAUGACAAUGGAAGUAUUUCCAAUCAUCGCACAAUUGUUGCUGGGAUCAUUGAUGAAGUUCACAGGCAUGGCGGUAGAUUUCUGAAGCCAGACCCUCGAGCUGCUUCAGAAACAGAUUUGAUGCCAUCAGAGGAUGAAGGGAAGAUCAUUUGGAUGGAACUAUCGCCAGAUGAACAGCGUGUCAAGGUCACACAGCUCUUCCGCAAUUUGCGUCGUCGACGGUCUCGGCCGAGCGCAAACAGCGCUUCUAGUGCGGGGCUUUCAUCCUUGACACCAUCAUUCAUAUCAAGGCCUACAGAAAUUGUAGAUCAGGUCAGUCCAAACAAUGUCUUAUUUGGGCCACGGCUCACUCAUCCAGGUAAUCGGCAGCUAUGA